AUGGCCCGCCCCCUAGACCAAGCUAUCACUCUCCUGGUUGCUCCUUUUCAUCAUUAUUCAGGUAAAAAAUGUGACAAGAGCACCCUGAACAAGAAGGGAUGGAAGGAACUGAUCCAGAAGGAGUUGACCAUUGGGCCACACUGGAAUGAGGAAAUUCAAGGAUUGACAACUGAUCUAGAUCGCAAUGGAGAUCAGGAGGUGAACUUCCAGGAAUAUGUGACCUUCCUCAGUGCCCUGACAAUGAUUUACAAUGAGGCAUUGAAGGGAUAA